AUGAGAACUCAGUGUAUUGCUGUCUUGCCUGACGACCUCUCGGUGUUGUAUGAAAACCUAUUAAAUUUUUUGACGCCUCUUGAGCGUGCUUUGCUUGAAAAAGAAGAAAAGAAAAACUAUGAAGGUACUGAUCUUAACGAGGUUGCGUCUGGUAGUUUGGAGCAAUCUGAACGUGUUCAAAAGGCUACAUUGAUAAUAGACGUCGAUACUUGUGAUCAAAGCAGUCCUUGGGUACCUCCACCACCAGCUAUGGCAGGGACGGAAUCCCUCCGCAAAUUGACAAUUAAACGUAUACUCAGAAUGACAUAUGACGAUUUGUUCGGCAGUAAUCCAGAGUUUUGUGCGUUAUUUGAAACCGUGCGUUCAAAAUUGGGAAAUAUCGGAGUAUGUUUGGUAAAUCAUUCUGAUGGAGAGUGCCUGUGUUUGAAAGCACCCGUCAUAAAGGCAGACGAUUGCUGGCUGGCAGACUUUCUAAUUGGCGUGGUACUGCAGUUCACCCAGUCGGUGUCGAUCGAGGAGGAAGCAGAAAGUGAUGCCAUGACUGUCGCCUUUAAACAACGUCAAUGUGAAGUCGCUCUCCAAAUAGUCGUGCGUGCAGUCGAUGCCGCUCAGGCACUCAAAUUGCCGACCCGGCAUUCUCCGAGAACAUGCAAUGCAUCCCUUCCAAACUCAAAGCAUUGCCAGUUAUUGGACUCAUUGGACAAGGCCUUCCCCUGUGUAUUGGCCGCAUUGCUUCAUCCGACUGGCGAUGUUCGUGUGGGAGCCUAUGACUUACUUCAACGCUUCAUAGUGAUUUUUGGAAAACUGCCUCCUACUAUGUACUAUCCUAAUGUGGGCGGAUUUUUGUCCGACUUACAGUGCGAUGAAAGCAUUGUUCCCGAAUCAGUGAGGCAAUUGCUUCAAGGUGACACAUUGUCUGCACUGGUCCACAUUUCAUCGAACCUGGUCAAAUCAGUUUUUCGGUUGUUUUGUAGACAAUCGAUGAAGGAUACAGCAUUUUCUCAAGUAUGCUGGUAUUCUGCUGCUCAGCUCCUGGAUAAUGAACUGUUGCGGUCGAUUGUUGGUCUCGUCGGCCCUUCUACAUCGGAAAACAACGAUGUUGAUUCGUUAAUUGGAUGGCCGGCUCUACUUCAAAUCGUUCGGCGUCCUCAAUUCACCAGAUUUGAGGUCGUGCACAGUGCCUGUAUUGACAAAUUCGAUGCCUUUACUUUGCAAAGUCUUGCCGCAUUGUCAGUCCCUGCACGUGGGAGAAGUGAAUUAAUUGGAAUUUCUUCUCAUGAGGCUGAAUUUCUGGGAGCUCUGAUAGACCUUGCCGGUUCACAAACAGUCUCUCAGAGUGCGUCCAACUUACUUUCAAGACUGCAACUGAAAGUUGAACAUUACAUCUUCUGCUUGGCGAGAUUGGAUCCGAUUCAUACUCACAAUUCCCGCCAGUCUCUAUUUUUGAGAGUAUCAAAUUCUAGAAGAAGCAUUAACGGAGAGGAGCUGCUCGCAUCAGCAGAGUGGCGAAGAUUGCGCGCUCUUAAGAUCAUUCUGGCGGCUCUGGCCGGGGAUGUACAUCGUCUGCACGCGGCUUCCUCCACCAACCUUCAAGAUAGGCAAAAUGGUUGUCAGUUGAUUACACCACUCUCCUCAGCUGUCUCCCGACUGAAAAUUAAGGCGAAGCGGCGUGUGUCACUCGUUGACCAGGGAAAGUUGAAUUCUCCAGGGGACAGUCUCAAACAGAACGAUACUGAAUCAGAAGAAAAGAACAAGGAUUUAGUUUUUCCUCUUAACAGCCACUUACUUGCCUGUAUUUCGGCAGAAACUCGAUUCCAACACGAAGCCGUUGUAAAAAAUCGUCUCGGUGGUCGACAGAGAACUAUUUCGACAAAUUCUUCUAUCUUCCUCUCAGAAAGUAGCGAUGAAGACGAGGGCGUUCAAGACGUUGACAUGAAGGUUAGUCCUCUCAGUCAUGAUGAACUCGACUCCGAGAAGAAGGAAAUGAACGUUGUUGGGGAAAGGCCUGCUGUUGUGGAGGCGGCUAGCAUACGCGAGCACACCUCAGCCUGUGCCUUUGAGGUACUCGUGGCUCUAACCAAUCUCUUUGCAGAGGGAAACAAGCUAGGGAAAUGCGAGAAGUCUAGACUGUUUCAGACGUCCCUUAUGCCCACUCCAUCCAUCACUGCCGCUAUGGAUACAAUUUUCCAAUGCCUUUCUGUGUUCAAGGAGAUGCCUUCCAUACAGCGUCAAGUUAUGCUCUGUCUCAUAGAAAUGGCCUCUCUUUUUCCGGUAAUCCUGUGCAAGAACUUGGUGACCCUUGUUCAAUGGGCCGGUGGUUCCGUCAACGGUCAUCAUUCCAUGUUCUUGAAAUUAGAUGACGUACACAAUCUCUCUCUCUUGGGGCGUCUCACCUCUGUGGCCGUGCCAGCUCUCGUGCAGGCCUCCAAACAGCGAGUUGACGCAGGACUCCGCGUCCUCGACGUCUUCGUUCGCGGUCUGCCCGACCUCCCCGCUCAUCUGCCACGGCGUUCGCUUGCUCUCUACGUUGGGCUUCUCCGUGGUUUGGCACAAGUGGUCACUCCCACUCCCGACUCUGCCAGCUCGCACACUGCUGGCGUCGGCAGGCGAGUCACCAAGCAGGUCGCUCUGCAAAGCUGGCUAUGGACUGCCGCCGCUUUUUUCCUCAACACUAACUGGCCUUCUCAGGAAACAGCUGAUCUUGUUCCCCCCCUUCUAAUCGACCUGUUCAAUCAAUUUGAUCUGUCGGUGCAAUUGUCAUCAUGGCAGCAGUGUCUCGAAUUCUUUCACGACUUACUUUCCAAUUCCGACGGUAUGAAGAAACAAAACAUGCCCUUUCCCAAUACUAAGCGUACACGGCCGGAAACCUCAUGGACCACCCCUUCCUCCGAUCACCCCGCAUCGUCGUCUCCCAGCGAUUACGGAUUUCUACUGAAGCAUCUCUCUUGCUCAGAUCCUGAUGGUGGAGCAACACCCACUCACUCACCGUUUAGCCGUAAAAGGCCAUUGGUGGAAAAGAUGAGCUCCACCAGUGGUAUUCGUCUCUGGUCUUUGCUAUCAAGCCUCAGUGCCUUCUUUUCCGGCCUCCUCGAUAGUGCCGGUCAUCACCUACGCCAAAAAGAGGCCAUUGAUCGUGGCUCCGAGACAGUGGUUCAAGAAACCUUCGGCAACGUUGUAGAACUUACUGUCCAACUACUCCUUGCGUGUUCCUCUUCUCAAUCCGAACCGUUAGACGCCGAGGACAGUAUCACUCAAAAAAGUGCCAUCCAAAAUCUUCAAUCUGUAUUGAUCAAGAUGAAUGGACUGAUGUCGAAUCAGGUAUUCUUGGACUCUGUGGCUCGUUUGAUGUCUUCUCAUCGGUCUAAUUUGACAAGAAAGGCCCUUGAGUUGCUCCUGGCUAAGUUGGAGAGCCUAACCGUCAAAUGUCCUUGCGCGACUGCUCUCCUCACUCUUAAGCCAGACACACCUAGUCCAUUACCACGCCUGGAGGCGUCACUUGAAAAAGGUCUCAUUGCUAUCUUCGACAAACUUUCCUCAAGUAUAGUCAAUGCCUCCUCCUUCUUUAGUGCCGAUAAGGGCCAAGCAAAGCUUAAUCACUUAAGGCUGUCCUGUCUUCGAAGAUUGGCGCAGUUAUUGUGUUCUCGACAUCCUGAUAAGUUACUCAAGACGCUGGAUGUCCUCGUCUUGGGUGCGGUUUCUUGCUGGUGGCCCUCGCUUAACGCAACCGUCGUCAACGCGAUGCGCGUUGCAACAUAUGCCGCAGAGGCACGCUCCAUGGCAUGUUUAUUUAUCUUCGAGUGCCUGACCCGCCUCCCACUAUCAUUCAUGUCGAUUUGCGCCACCUCUGCCUCGGUGACCACGCGAAUUCGUAUGAGGCAUGUUCUUCGCUUUGCUCUAGAUCACGCUGUUACGGCCUGCCGCCUUUCUGAGAAACCCGUGGGAGCCACUACAGCCCUCUCCUCCGACAAGUUCCACUCACGUGAACAGCACUUGCAGGCUGGUGUGGCUCUUUUACUGGGCGCCUUCGAACUCAGCACGAGAAUGCCGCCGAAUUUCCAGGCGAGCCUUCGAACAGACUCAGUAUUGGAGAGUCUGAGAGAGGAGGAGACAUCUACCUCUCAGCAUAGUGAGAAUAAUACACCCGUGCCCACUGAACGUCUGGAUUUGUCCCUGUUGUCUUUCGUCUUCCGCACUACUCAUCUUGAUCUCUUAGCGGCCACCCAAGCUAAAGCUGAUCGAUCGACUGCUACGCUGAAGCAAUGCACGGCUAUUAUAAGACGUCUACGAAGCCGAUUUAUUUCUCUUCCUGAAUCUUUGAAUCUUCUUAAACUGACCUACGAGUUAUUGAAGGAUGAAGUUCCGGAAGCCAACCCACACCUAAUUUCCGGGGGACUAGAGUUCGUCUCAAGCCACGCAGACUACGCGUUCUCCGUCGCGGCGACAAGCGAUGUGGACAUGGAGUCCUCGCGUCCAAACGAGGGUCUACCCAACUCCCUCGAGACUGCCUACGCCUCCGAGCCUCUCCUCAUCUGGCGACUACUCCGUUUCGCUCUUGACUGCCGGCCCACUGUCGCUAUCACUGCCACUGUUGCUGCCCCUUCAACCACUUCAUCACCGGUAACGGAGGACGCUAGCGUCGUCUCUGAGGCCGCCUGUCUUGCAGGCGCCUCUCUCCUGGCCGCCAUGAAUGCUGAUCAUCGGCUGCAAUUGGUGGGCAAAUGUCUUCAAUGGCUAGUUGAAGGGAAACCCGACAUCUGUGUUGUCAUGGCUCGGUUGCAGAGUCUCUUCGCUGUCCUUGAAAGGCAGAAUGCAAAUCUCGUCAACCUCUUUGUGUGUUGCCUUUCCCUUCUCGCCGGUGACAGCAAGUCCAAAAACGUCCGAAAACUUGCCUCACCACUCGAACUCUCCCAGCUUCUCGACUGCUUCUCGAGUGGCAUGGCUGGGUUGAACGCCACUGCCGGUGCUUGUGCUCGUAGUGCGCUCGCAGCGACUGCGGCAUGGCUACGCGCAGAAUCGCAGCUCUCGGCUUGUCUUGACACUGCCGGCACCGAUUCGGUGCUGGCCCUGCCUCAAGCCUUCAUUAAACCUUUGGGUGUCGCUGCUCUCGGUCUAACUGAAGUGGACUUCGUUCCCUGCGUGGCUGCCUUCCUCAGUGCCAUUGGAGGCGAUGAAGCGCUUCUUCGACCCUUUGGUACCUGUCUCUGCGACCUGGUCACGCGAAGCGCAGACUGGCGAAUGCGACUGGCUGGUUUGCGGUUGCUCAAACAGACUUUCGAUACCCUAAUGGAGGGCAGAGGGGAGGAGGCGCGUGUGGGGCUUAGCGGUGAUCUCGGUCUGGCUACCUGUCUUGUCCCAGACACGCUGGUAGCUCUGUCUGAAGCUCUUGAGGACGAUCGAAAUGAGGUGGAGGCGGCCGCUAAUCGUCUCUUCGCAGACCUGGAAGCGAUCGGCGCUACAGCUCAGAAUAAUGAGUGA